AUGCGUGCCGUUUUCGCUGCCCCCCUGCGCCGCUGCGCUGCGGCGCCUAUCCGGCGUGCGCAGAUGAGUGCACGCCGCGGCAUCCAGAUGGAGGGCCGCCCGGGCCCCCUCCCGUCGUCGCCGCCGCCGCCGCCGCCAAAGGUGAACAAGGCGACGCGCCGUGCGGUCGCACGUUCCAUCACGCUCGUUGCGCUGUUUGGUGGUGCAUGCUUUGGCGUGUACUGCAUGGACUCGCGCGCGGGCGUGCACCGCUACGUCUUUGCACCGAUGCUCCAGCUGUUUACCGACCCCGAGUCGGGCUCCAAGUUUGCGGUCAAGGUGCUCAAGUGGGGCCUCGGUCCGCGGGACUGCGGCGUGGACGACGAGGUGCUGCACACGGAGCUAUUCGGCAAGAAGAUCUCGAACCCGAUCGGCCUUGCGGCGGGCUUUGACAAGCAGGCCGAGGCGAUCGACGGCCUGUUUGACCUCGGCUUUGGCCUCGUGGAAGUCGGCUCCGUGACGCCGGAGCCGCAGCCCGGCAACCCGCUGCCGCGCAUGUUCCGCCUGCCGCUCGACGCCGCGGUGAUCAACCGCAUGGGCUUCAACUCGGAGGGCCACGCGGCCGUGGAGCAGCGCCUGAACGAGCGCCUCCAGGGCUGGGUCGUCCGCGUGCUCGCCGCCGGCCGUGCGCUCGUGACGGACCUCGGAAUGGAGGAGGUGCAGCGCGACCCGACGCAGCUCGCGCGCGCGCAGCUCUUUGCGGCGUACCCGGGCGCAGACACCGCGCUGCUCGACCGCUUCGGCGUGCCGCGCAGCCUGAAACAGGACCGCCUCCUGUCGAUUAACCUCGGCAAGAACAAGACGAGCCGCGAGGACUCGGUCACGGACUACGUCGAGGGCGUCCAGCGCCUCGGGCCGUACGCCGACAUGAUCGUCGUAAACGUCAGCAGCCCCAACACGCCGGGCCUGCGCCGCCUGCAGCGCCGCAGCGUGCUCGAGGGCCUCUUGCGCGACGUGGUGCGUGCGCGCGACGGCGUCGUCAAGGCCGCGCCGGAGGGCGCCGCGCUCCCGCUCCUCGUCAAGGUCGCGCCGGACCUGUCCGAGACCGAGCUGCACGACGUGUCGGACGCGGCAGAGAACACGGGCAUCGACGGUAUCAUUGUGAGCAACACGACCAUCUCGCGCCCGGCCGGCCUGCUCUCGCACGAGUACGUGCACGAGGCGGGCGGCCUGAGCGGGCCCCCGGUCAAGCCGCUCGCGCUCCACGCGCUCUCGACGAUCCACGCGCGCAACCGCGGCAAGAUCCCGCUGAUCGGCUGCGGCGGCAUCUCCUGCGGCCAGGACGCGCUCGACUUUGCCAAGGCGGGCGCGAGCGCCGUGCAGCUGUACACGGCGCUGGCGUACCAGGGCGCGGGCCUCCCCCGCCGCAUCAAGGACGAAGUGACCGAGAUCCUGCGUGCCGAAGGCAAGACCUGGGCGCAGGUCGUCGGCACCGCGGUGCCCAAGGGCGAGCCGGAGACCUACGCGCCGGACCCGAUCAAGAACGUCGGUCUUUUCCCUGGCGCGCAGGACGCGUUCGACCGCAGUGUCGUGAGCGUGCGCAACGAGCUCGAGCACCUGCGCACCUCGCUGCAUGCCCCGGCGUCGCACCACGACACGGAGCACCGCCGCGCGGUGCCGUUCCAUGUGGACGCGCAGGAUACCGAGUACAUUGACCUCCUCGACAAGGUGCACCGCGUGCUCGACGACACGCCGCACUUCCACGAGGACGGCGUGCACCGCCUCGGCCUGCCGCAGCGCGCGUCGAGCGUGCCGGAGCACAUCCUGGCGACCGCCAGCGAGCAGCACCUCACCCAGGGCGAGGUCCUGCACCAGGCCGUGCACGACGCGACGCACGUCGACGUCCCGGGCCAGACGAAGCCGUCGGGUGCCCCGGCGACGACGCCGUCGGGCCUGCGUGCGCCCAAAGACCAGAAGCUCUCGAGCCCGGUGCUGCAGCAGGCCAACGCGUUCCGCGACGCGGAUAAGCACCGCGUGAUUUAG